AUGCAACAAGGGGAUAAGCAAUAUCCUGGUUUCUGGACGAGAACGUCUCUGAUACAGUUCGGCUAUGGGAUCUGGGUUAAUUUGACAGCUAUGUCGAUCGGUCUCUGUUAUGGUUUUUCUGCCGUACAGAUACCCCAGCUGAAUGCAAAGGAUUCUGAUAUACACCCUUCGCUGUUCGAGGAUUCUUUAGUCGCCAGUAUAUUGACUCUGGCCGCCCCGAUUGGAUGCGUUCUGUGUGGUUACUUGGCGGACACCAUCGGGAGACGAAAGGUUCUUGCAUUGACUAAGUUGCCGCUGGCCUUAGGAUGGCUGUUCACUGGUUUUGCUCGAAACCCUAUACAGAUAAUAUUAGGUAGACUUAUAUUGGGCAUUGGCUGCGGGAUGGCAAUGAGCUCCCCAAGAGUUUAUGUGACUGAGAUAUGCCUUCCAAACAUGCGAGGCGUUGUGGCUGCGAUGCCCAAUCUUUUUGUUGCUGUCGGAAUCACUAUACAAGCUGCUCUGGGAUCUGUGUUCAAAUGGAGGAAGCUGUGUUACAUUUGUGGAACAUAUUCAGUUGUUAUGCUGAUAGCAAACUUCUUUUUGCCGGAGACGCCUUACUUUGUGCUGAUGAAGGACACCGAGGAUAAAGCAAAAAAAAGUCUAACGAGAUUCCGAGGGAGAGAUUAUGACAUUGAUGCAGAAAUGGUUCAGAUCAUAGAAUUUAAGAGUGCUAACAACAUUGAAAAAUUAAAUUUUCGAGAACUAAUCCGAGCUCUCUUCAAACCAUCAUCGUGCAAGCCCUUUUUUGUGAUUUUUAGUUAUUUUGUAGCUAUGCAAUUUGCUGGUGUCACCAUUCUCAUGAUGUGGACAAUCGAAGUGUUAAAGGCUUCCAAAACAUCUCUAGACCCGAGGUACGGGAACAUUAUUUUGGGUUUCACAAGAUUAUCGACGGCCUGCCUCACUACAGUUCUUCUCUUUAAGGUCGGAAGAAAACCAUUAGCUCUAGUUUCAGCUAUCGGUGUGGGUAUUAUAUCGGUAUUCCUUGGUAUGUACAUACAUUAUGCAACUAGGCCCACGAUAUUACCGCAACUAUGCUUCAUGGCCUACAUGGUAUUUGCCACAUUUGGCUACUACACAAUACCGUUUGUGGUUAUGUGCGAGCUCUUUCCAUUGCAAGUGCGAGGUCUUCUCGGCGGUCUAUCAUUGUCCUCAUUCAACAUACUGAUGUUCCUAGCGACUUUUUGCUUUCCUUAUCUCCGAGAUUCACUUGGUUUCGCGUUUACUGUUCUCAUGUUUGGGAUAAUAUCGUUACUUAGUGCCGUCUUUCUGUACUAUUUUCUUCCUGAAACAAAAGGUUUGACCCUGCGAGAGAUUGAGGAAUAUUUCAAAUCAGGUAGAUCCGUUCGACAGUCACAAACGAAGCUUCCGGCUCUGAUGAAAGACGCCGCCAACAAGAGCGCUACACUUUUGAACAAAUUAAAGAUUAACAAAUAA